UCACUUCCUCUUCCGGUGUCUAAACCAUUUCUGCUCCCAAGUAGAAUGGCUGCCAUCCGAGUUACCGUGGAGGCCUGCAAAAAUUGGGAAAAAAAUGGGAAAAUAGAAUUCAUCAAAUUCUGCAAAGGGAUUAGCAAUGUUUCAAGUUUGGAAACUUCAGAUUUGCCAUUCCACAAAGCUUUGUACGACUUGUUUAUCAGUGUUGUGCGAGGUCAUAUGAAACCUGAUCAUGCUGUUUCAACAAUUACUGAAAUAGUGGAUUUCCACAAAGAGCUACCUUCAUUACUUGCUAGUAUUCUCAGCAUAAUAGAUGUUGAAUCAAGUUGCAGUGAUGAUAAACAACAGCGAGAUCGGUUUCUUCUAUUGGUUUCUGGCAUGGUGGGUAUUGUCCCUGAUUGUGUUUUGAAAGAGAGAUUGGACCAAGAGACUUUAGAAUGUGUGGGUUUAAUACAAUCUAAACAGCUCUUCCAACAAAAAUAUGUUAAAACCAAGACAAAACUCUACUACAAACAACAGAAAUUCAACUUACUUCGUGAAGAAAGUGAAGGUUAUGCAAAACUUAUGAGUGAACUAAAUCAAGACCUGUCAGAUGGUAUUGGGUAUUUGCAAGUACUGGAAACUAUCAAGUCAUUGAUAGGUUGCUUUGAUCUUGACCCCAAUAGAGUGCUCGAUAUACUGCUGGAAUCGUUUGAGUGCCGUCCUGAGAAUGAACAAUUUUUCAUUGCUUUGUUUAAACUGUACAUGAGUGAACAGAGGACUUUGUGUCAUGUACUUGGGUUCAAAUUUCAUUUUUAUCAGUCUGCUGCUGAAGAUAGUCCAGAUUCUUUGUAUAAAGUUGCAGCACUUUUAUUAAAACAUAACCUCAUAGAACUGGAUGACUUAUAUCCACAUUUAUGUCCUGCUGAUACGAGCAUCGUUGAGUAUCACCAACGUAUUUUACUGGAGGCUAAGCAACUAGCUCGCAAGCUUAGUAUAGUUUGUGUGUCAGACAAGGCCAAUGAGAAGGACAAAGAAAAUGAUAACGAUGCUAAAAUCAAUCUACAAGACAGCAAUCAGAAACUUGGCUUGUGCAAAGCCUUGUUAAGUGUUGGAGAUUGGCCACAUGCUAAAGCUAUUAUGGAUAGAAUCCCUGAUUACUUUGUCACAUCUCAUAAACCAACAGCUCAAGCCUUGUGUACUUUAAUCCAUUCACUAAUUGAACCUAUAUACAGGGAAAACACUGGUUUUCCUGCUGCAGUUUUGAAAAGGAAAUCGAAAGACAAAAUCCAAAAUUUGGAAAGAGCUGGUUCUUUCCUAAAACUAUACGAAGAUGUUUUUCCAAUGUUGACUUAUCUUGGUCCACAUGCUUCAUAUGAUGUCAUUCUUUUGGUGAAAUUUAUUCGAAUUGGGAAAAGUUUUAUGAUUAAACGUCAAGAAAGGAAAAUUAAGCCAGAAGAUGAUAUCACAUUUUAUGGGUUUCUAACCAUAUUGGAUGAAGUGCUGCUACCUAGUUUGACAUUGCUUCCUUGUAACUGUUGCCUCUCAGAAGAGCUGUGGAGUUUUCUUAAGCUAUUCCCCUAUGAACUCAGAUACCGUCUGUAUGGACACUGGAAAAAUGAAACAUAUACUCUACAUGCAAAAAUGAUACAUGCCAAAGUUAACUGUUUAGAAAGAGCCAAGUAUAUUAUGAAGCGACUUUCAAAAGAAAAUGUAAAACCUUCUGGAAGACAAUUGGGUAAACUCAGCCACAGUAACCCUGGUGUUCUUUUUGAAUAUGUACUUUCACAAAUUCAGAAAUAUGACAACUUUAUUGUGCCAGUUGUGGAUUCAUUGAAAUACUUAACAUCAUUGUCUUAUGAUGUCCUAGCUUAUUCUGUUGUUGAAGCUGUUGCCAAUCCAGACCGUGAAAGACUCAAGCAUGAUGAUACAAAUAUUUCUCUUUGGUUACAAAGUUUGGCUAGCUUUGCUGGCUCCGUUUGUAGGAAAUAUCCUGUAGAAUUGGCAGGUCUCAUGCAAUAUGUGGCCAAUCAGCUCAAAGCUGGCAAAAGUUUUGAUCUCUUGUUGUUGCGAGAAAUUGUUCAGAAAAUGGCUGGCAUUGAAAUAUCUGAAGAAAUCACUGAUGACCAACUUGAAGCUAUGUCCGGAGGAGAGCUACUUCGUCAAGAGGGUGGCUAUUUUGCUCAAGUUCGGAAUACUAAGAAAUCUUCAACCCGAUUAAAAGAUGCCCUGCUAGAACACGACCUUGCAUUAUCCCUUUGCUUACUUAUGGCCCAACAAAGAGAUGGUGUAAUAUAUAAAGAAGGCAACGAACGUCAUUUAAAAUUGACUGGGAAAUUAUAUGAUCAGUGCCAAGAUACUUUGGUCCAGUUUGGAAGCUUUUUAUCAAUGCAACUAAGUACAGAAGAAUUUAUCAAGCGUCUACCACCAAUCAAUGAAUUAAUUGGUGUUUAUCACGUCCCUCAAGAUGCUGCAUUCUUUUUAUGUCGACCAUUAUAUUCAUAUAGAGUCAAUACUAAAUUUGAAGAGUUGAAGAAAGCAGAAAAGUCUAGUAAACAGUUCUCCAGUCAACAAAAAACUCAGAAAUAUGUUGAAGCAAGUUCCCUUGUUAUGGAACCUGUGAUAGAGUUGAUUCGUCCAUUGUAUCCGGCUAAGGUUUGGGAUGAUCUGAGUACACCAUUCUAUUUUACUUUCUGGGCCCUUUGUAUGUAUGAUCUCCAUGUUCCAUGUACAGCUUAUGAGAAACAGAUCCAGCAAUUAAGAGCACAAAUUGUGGCCAUUGAUGAAAAUGACUUGCCACAAAGUAAAAAGAAAAAAGAUAAAGAAAGGUGUACUUCAUUGAUUGAAAAACUCAUGGAUGAAGAAAAGAAGCAAUCAGAUCAUGUGCAGAGAGUUAUGGCUCGGUUGAAACAUGAUAAGGACUCUUGGUUCUUGUGUAGAUCUACCAAGAAUGAGAUGAUUACCCAAUUCCUUCAACUUUGUAUAUUCCCUCGUUGCUGCCUUACAGCCAGUGAUGCUCUUUACUGUGCCAAAUUUAUCUAUAUUCUACACGAACAAAAGACUCCAAAUUUCUCAACUUUGAUAUGCUGUGACAGAAUUUUCUGUGACAUCACAUACACUGUAACUAGCUGCACAGAAAAUGAAGCACACCGCUAUGGACGAUUUCUAUGUGCCGCAUUGGAAACUAUUAUGAAAUGGCACAGCGACAAAGUCACAUAUGAAAAAGAAUGUGCUAACUAUCCUGGCUUUGUCAGUGUAAUCCGUAAAGGAUCAGAUAACAUAAACAAAGCUGAUCAGCUGGAUUACGAAAACUACAGACAUGUAUGUCACAAAUGGCAUUUCCGAAUAACAAAAGCUAUGGUGGCUUGCUUAGAAUCAAGAAACUACAUUCAAAUCAGGAAUUCUCUUAUAAUUCUCACAAAGAUUCUUCCAUAUUAUCCAAGAGUAAUGCAGUUUGGUCAAGCACUAGAGCGAAGAGUGAACAGAAUUCGACAAGAAGAAAAAGAGAAGCGUCCGGACAUUUAUGCACUUGCUAUGGGUUAUUCUGGUCAACUGAAAAAUAAAAAAUCUAUGUGGGUUCCUGAACAUGAAUUUCAUAUCAAAAACAAAGAAGCUCCAAAGAAUCAAACAAAAAGUACUUCACAUUCAUCCAAACAUGACAUUUCCAGAAAAUCAAUGGAAAAUAAGACCCGUGAUGGAAAAGAAAUCAAAGAGAUUAAGAAGGAGAAAAACGACAAGAAAGUUGAUAAGAUUGAACCUGCUGUGGAAGGAAGAUCUAAACCAAAUCUCGCUGCUGACCUCAAGAAAAAUGAUUUUGAUAAAAAACCUAGUGUCAGUGCCUUGAAAGAAGAGAGAAAUCCUUUAAAAGAGAGAGGGACUAGCAAAGAAAGGUCACCCGAGAAAAAUAGUGACAAAGAGAACCGGCAUAAAGAGGAGAAGAGACACAGCAAAAGUCAUGAAGAAAAGAUUGUCACGAAAGAAAGGUUGAGCGGAUCAAAGGAGAAGACGACCAGCAAAGAGAAGUCUGAAGAGAAAAAACUGCGUAAACAGGAGAAGGAUGACGAGAAAUACGAAGAGAAAAAGAUUAAAGACAGUUACUACAAGGAGAAGGACAUUGGAAGUAGUAGCAGCAGUAGCAGUAGCAGAUACAAUGAGAAACCUUCAACUAUGGUAGCGUCUGGAGGAGGAAGUUGUAACCAGCAUCGACGAAGUGUAGAAACUUCUCCGAAACAUCCUGAUGACCGGGAAGCGAAACGAAGAAAGCUGGAGUCAGCCUCAUCCACUUCAACAAAGAGUCCUUCCAGUGAAAAAGAACGUGAAUAUUAUGAAGAAAAGAAGAAAGAGAAAAAACGGGAUAUUUCUUCAGACCGCUCAAGUGUGGAAGUAAAAAAAAGAAAAGGUAACAGUAAACUGAAUGGAGAAUCGGUAGAGCUUCAGUUAUCGAGUUCUAUGAGUAAAGAGGAACACAGGAGACAAGAGAAGCAGUUCAGUAAGCACGACAGCAGUGAGAAGGAAAGAAGCAAAAGAGAAAGUCGUAGUGGAGAGGAUGAGUACCGAGAAAAGGUAAAAGAUAAAGAGAAAGAACGCAUGAAACGAGCAGACAAAGAGAAAGUAUCUAGCAAGAAGCUAAAGAAAUAAUGAUGUCAACUGUUAUUUCUUGCUGUUUACACAAGACAUUGCUGUGAUGUUUCUUGCUUCUGUCUAGUCCCAACUUCGACACAUCUGCAUAACUACACUUGUAGGUUAAUGAGCAGAGAAGAUGGGAAGUGAAGGGAGAAAACAACUUCCCAGCUAAAUGCAGCAGACUUUGGAAGACUUUUGUUUUUUAAAAACAAUAAAAAAAUUAUUUUUUUUUAAUUCUAAGCCAAAAAAAAACCCAACAAAAAUCACCAUCUUUCUGCAAAACAUUUACUGCAUUUGGUAUAAAUAUGUUCACAUGCAAGUACACAUACACAAACACAUACAUGCGUGCAUACAUACAUAUUCUAAAACGUAAACUAAUGCUUGUACAAUCCUCUGUACAUUGAUCUUCCCAUACACACACACAUACAUAUGCAUACACACGUGCACACACACAUCCAUGCAAUCUAGUGGGGAAACUUAUCCGUUUAGGGUAAGGAAUAAUAUCAUUUAUUUUUCCAUACAGAGAGCCACUGCUGCAUAUUAUUUCCCCACAUAUGUUGCUGUCUUAACAAGUAAUGGAAAUUACUUUUUUGAAAGCGCCAAAUAUAUCAGCUUUACCUGGGAUUACAGAUACCUCUUAUACUGGCAACAACAACAACAACAGCUACAGAAUCAGAACACAGUAGAUCAAUGAGGACACUUCCUUCUUUGGAGGACUUUUUUUUUUUUACUUUUUUAUUUAUUUUAAUUUUUAAUUCAUUUUUAUUUUUAGUUUCAAAACUUGUAAUUGAGGCAUUUAAUUAGCGAAAUAAAUUCAUAAAAAAAAAAUGUAAAUUUAAAAAAAAAAAAUGAAGAAAAAAUUAUUGUACAAAAUAAAA